GACGAAUAUAAUAAAGACGGAAGAGCUUCGGGCUAUGUUCCAUAGUCAGGCCGUCCCGUUCUCCUUUACAUUUGGAAGACGGAGAGAGGUCCAAGUGCAGACAGUACUCCUAAGUCGUCUCGUCCUGUCCCGGGGGUUUGCUUCUUUCCUUCUCGGGAAUAGAUAUAUGCAGAGCAGGUCCACUCUUUUCCUUUGGAAACGGUGAGAUUGAGAUGAAACCUCUUCUGGGUCCUUUGAGCUAUUGGGAGAUAAGAUCAAAAGAUCAAGUCUUUGAGGGUUUUUGCUCAGAGGAGGUGUGGUUUCAGAUAUAGUUCUUGAGGUCGGGAAAGAUAACGUUAAUCGAGUCGAAGGUAGCCUUUGAAGGUGGUAUCUUUGGAGAGGGAGAGGAUGUUGGAAGGGAAGGCUCUGAUUGAAGACACUGAUAUGCCGGUGAAGAUGCAGGCCCAGGCCAUGGCCUCUGCUUCUCAAGCUCUGGACCUCUACGAUGUUGUUGACUGCAAGUCCGUUGCAGCUCACAUCAAGAAGGAGUUUGACAAGAAGUACGGGGGCGGUUGGCAGUGCGUGGUCGGCUCGAACUUCGGGUGUUUCUUUACUCACUCCAAGGGGACCUUCAUCUACUUCACAUUGGAGACACUCAAUUUCCUCAUCUUCAAGGGUGCCUCCUCUUAAUCCAUUUCUCCGGAAAUGGAGGGACUUUGCCCGCAAGAGGUCUCCAAGACAAAUGAAGCAAGUUGAUAGAAGGUUAAGGGAAGUACGUAUGGUUUCCUCUUUAGCUAUUAGCUAGCUGUGGUACCAGUGGAAUAGACUAGAAAUAUUUCGCUCAGUAGCUGUAAGAAAACGUCGAACUCAUUGGAGCCUUUUUUGGAGUUUCCUAUGUGAUUAAAGUUGCAAAUUUUCGUCUACUAUGUAGAGACUUAUACUGUACGUAUUGUACGUAUGGUUUCAGAGUUAACUCUGAAACCAAACAGAGUGAUAGGUUCUUGUCGUGAUGGCCAACAUAACUGAUUUAUAUGAAUCAUUUGUGUGCUCUAA